AGGUCUGAAAUUUCUUGUGUGGUUUCAGAUUGUUUAUCAAAGAAGUUGGCUUUGUUCUUGAUUGAUUUGCCUUGAUAUUAUUGGUCCCUCUGAUAACGAUGGAUGCUCAAGCCAAGAAGAAGGCCUUGUAUCGAGCUAAAUUGAAAGAAGCUUCUGCACAAAAACAUGAGAAACGCAUUGAUUCUCCUCUCGUGAGGUACAAUGAACAUGAUCAACCUGUCUGCAGGGUUUGUGAUGUCACUCUGAAAUCUGAAUCCAUGUGGCCUGCACACCAAGCAUCCCGUAAACAUCAUGAGGCAAUUCAAAAUGUCAAGUCUUCUGCAGCUGGUUUAUCACGAGUCAAUGGUGGGAAAUCUGAAGCCCUCGCAGAGGUUCAUAAACCUGAAUCUAAGUAUCCUAAAGAGUUGCAAAAAACUAAUUUUGAAGCCCCCAAAGAAUUAAAUAAAUCACGGUCAUCUUCUGUGCUGCCAGAAGGUUUUUUUGAUAAUCCUGAUACAAAAAGACAAAGAACUGCAGGUAGCGGAGGCAAUAAUGGUUCUACUGGUCCUCAAUCUUCCACCAAGUUGGUUGACUCUGAUUCAUCUCUAUAUGAAUAUGGAAAGGCAGAAGAUUCUGUUCAAACUCAUUCUUUGGAACCAUACAACUCAGAAAGCAAGGGAUUACCCACUGAUCAUGUAGUAGAGUCAAAAGAGAGAAAUGAAAUUAAGCCUUCCAACCAGCUUGGUCCCUGGUCUGGAAAGGCCAAAGUUUCAGAAGUCAAGCAAAACACGGGAGCUCUUCCUGAAGGUUUCUUUGAUGACAAGGACGCCGAUUUACGUGCACGUGGCAUUGAGCCUGUCAAGCCUGAUAUAAAGGAUGAGUACAGAGAGUUUGAAAAAUUGAUCCAAGGGGACUUAAAGGAAGUGGAUGAGCGGUUAGAAGAGGAGGAGUUUGAUGCAGCUGAAAUGAUAGAGGGGGCUGAGUCAUUAGAGCAACAAGCUUGUCGGCAGAGAGUGGAAAUGUUAAAGAACAAACAAAUAGAGCGUAAAGCUGCUAGUUCUUCUGGAAAAAAAGUCCCUCUCAAAGCUACUGAGGAACAGAGCAAGGAAGAAUCAUCGAGUGAUGAAGAUGAUGAUGAAAAUUUUGCAGUAGAUUGGAGAGCUAAACAUUUAUGAACAGUUUGAAAUGCUCUAUUCAUUCCUUCACUGACUACAACGUUGAAAGAGCAUGCGAUUUCAAUUGUACAAGUUUUUGGUUCCCUGUCUCCAAUUCAACAUCAUAGGUGUAGCCUAUAAAUUGUUCUGUAAUGCUACUGUAAAUCUGCUCUAGAUUGUAGAAAGGUUCAAGCUGAUGGCCAGUUUAUAAAAGAACAUCUUUUACCAGCA